AUGCCGUCCUUCAUCGUCAAAUGCCACGAGGGAGUCUCCGAUGAUCAGAUCCAGACUCUCAAGAAACAGAUCGAAGAGCAAGGAGGAAAUAUUACACAAGAUUUCAGUAUUAUCAAGGGCUUUGGAGUUGAAUUUCCAGAGGACCGUGUCUCUAUGUUCGCCAACCAUGAGCACAUUGAGUUUAUCGAGGCGGAUGGCGAGGUGACCACACAGUAG